UUUCAGUAUACUCGGAAUUAUUAUUAUUUUAGAUAAUGUUUUUUGAUUUAAGUGUAUCGCAACUCUUCUAUUUAAUAUAUAAAUUCAGUUUUCGCACAUUCGCUGAGUAAUUCAUAUUUUCGGGAUAUAAGGGAUGGAUUUUCAUGGAAGGAACAUUAACUCUAUGAGAUCAGUUUCCGGUGUAGAUUUUUCGGGAUCAUCUAGCCCAUUUUAUCCACCGGGAUUUCAAAAUACGGGAUUUACUCAAACAGAUAUAUUCGAAUUAACGAAAAUCACUCAGUUAAUAAAAACUAAAUAUCCUUAUUAUAAUUCUAAUCAAGUCAGUCAAGUGACAUUGGACACAUGGCAAAAACUAAGAAACCACCCAGAUCCUUAUGUUAGGCAAAGCAUAGUGAGCCAGCUAUUGGAAGGACCUAUUGUAAUGGCAGAUGAAAAUAUAGAAGCUUCCCAAGAAGUCUUGGAAGCUGUAACGGCUAUUAAAGAAGGAAUUACUAAACUUAAAGGAACAGCGGAAGAUAUUAAGAUAAUCGAGGAAGCGAUAUCCUCAAUUCCGUCUAUCGAUGUCGAAAAAAUACGUGAGGAGGCAGAAAAUGCCCAUUUUCAGAUGGAGGUAGAGCGCGCUAGACAACAAAGGGCGCAAAUAGCUAGGUUGGUCACUCCGGAAAAAAAGGCAAGGAAAUCUAGAUCUAAAGGAAAGGCGAAGAGAAAAAAAGAUAAAAAAGCUAAGAAGAAAAAACCCAAAAAGACUAGCAAGAAAGAAAAAAAGAAAAAGCAGAAGCAGAAGCCGAAGAAGAAGAAGAAAUUAAAGAGCGAAUCUGAGACAGAGGGACCUUCCGAAAGCGAUGUUUCCGCUUCCGAAACAGAAGUAGAGGAGUCAGAAACUGCUGCAUCGGAAAGUGAAAGUUCGGUAGCUAGUAGUAAAGGUAGUAAAAAGAAAAAGAAAAAGAGUAGCAAGAGCGAAGAUAAGAGUGAUAAUGAGACCGAUGAAGAAAGUUUAAAAGAGAAGGAUAAAAAAGAAGGAGGUAAAGAAGUAAAAGAUAAACCUGACGAGAAAAAAAAAAUGGAAGAAGAUAAAGAUUUUGACAAGAACAAAGAUAUUGACAAGAAUAAAGAUAUUGAUAAAGAUAAAGAUAUUGACAAAGAUAAAGGUAUUGAUAAAGAUAAAGGUAUCGACAAAGAUAAAGAUAAAGAUGACAAAGAUAAAGAUAUUAACAAGGGUAAAGAUAAAGAUUUAGCGACCAAAGAUACGGAUGUCUCUAAAGAUAAAGACUCUCCUUCGACUCCUGAAAAUAUGCCAGGUCAACCCACUCCCCAAACUGGAGGGCCAGGUUCUCCUAGAGCACCACUUCCAUCCUCCUUACCUGGAGCACCUCCUAGAGGACCUUCUGUUCCUGGACAAUUGGGAUCUCCUGGCGCACUAGGAAGUCCCAGAUCUGGACCACCUGGAACCGCCGCGAGGCCAGCAGCAAAUUUGGGAAGUCCAAGAUCAAGUCCCCCUGGGGAUCUAUCAAAACCACCAGGUGCUCAAGAUGGUGUCAAACCAACUCCACCAGGAGUUCCACCAAAACCUCCGGGUGCUGAUACGCCAGGGUCACCUGGUCAACCAGGUGCUAGAAUGCCAGUUCCAACUAGUGGUCCGCCCGGUGCAAGAAUGCCAGUACCACCUGGAUCUCCUCCCGGCCCUCCAGGAGCAAGAACAUCUGGUCCACCUGGAGCCCCUGGGGCUCCACCAGGAAUUCGAGGACCUAUUCGAGCUGCAGGCGGAUCACCAAGAUCCGCUCCUCCUGGUCCACCUGGAGCUCCACCUGGAGCUCGACCAGGAGGUCCAGGGCCCACUAAAGCUGCAGGCGGAUCACCAAGAUCCGCUCCCCCUGGUCCACCUGGAUCAACACCUGCUAAGCCUACUGGACCACCUGGGGCUUCCGCAGAUAGACCAGGCGGACCGGGCGGUCCACCUGGUGCUGGAGCUAGACCACCAGGACCACCAGGAGCCGGGGCACGUCCAGGAGCUCCUCCUGCACCUCCAGGAGGAGCUCCACCUGGAAUGAGACCAGGAAUGGCUCCACCAAGAGUUCCACCUGGAGCAGCACCAGGAGCCAGAGCACCUCCACCUCCAGGAGCUGUGAGAGGCCCACCGCCUCCAGUCAUCCGGCCUUAAAACGGUGAGAAU